ACGCACGCGCAGCCUGUGUUUAGUUUUUUCCAACCUGAUGAACUGUCUAGUGUCGCCGCGCUAGCAAGCUCGGUUAUUCUCAUUGUUUUGAGAGCGACAGCGGUGUUUUUCUUCUUCAUUUGUAUGCAUCUCUCCACGGGAAUACAAGGAAACGCCGCCACACACCGCUUGUCAACGAAGUCACCGCUUGAAGGUGCUCAAAUCUGCUGUGGGAACAGACCAGUGGGGACCAACAACAGUUCAAAGUGUUUGCUCAAUGCCCCCCUAGUCGGCAAGAAUAGCCUUUCCAGUCCCCACAUCACACCACAUCCAUGAGGACUGCGGCAGCCUUUCGCACCGGGUCAAGGGCUGCGACACCGCGACCCCUUUGUUCUCCCGUGGCAAAGAUCCGGCUGAAUUAACGGCGGUUUGUGAGAAGGACCAUCGCAUGUUGCAACGCACACCCCGGGUUCAGUCUGACGGGUUGUUUACGCGUUAAAAUGGCUGCUGAAAUGGCAUCUGGGAGAGAGGGGUCUUGAACCAAUGCAGUAAACGUUACGUUACCCAGCUGAGGGACACACUGUAAAUAAGCCCCGCGUGCUAAACGCGUUACGUGCACGGUCUUCAAACGAGCUAGCUACCUAAUUAGCUUCAGCCGAAUGGUCGUCUUUUUCGGUAGGUUAUCCCCAGAAGAGGAAGGGUGAAGGGAAUUCCUCCCACUCCCGAGUCUACGCGUGCGGUUAAACAAGCAGCCCCUUAAAAAAAAGAAAAAGAAACCUCUCCACUAACGUCACGUUUUAUUACUCCGCCGCGUUGCUUCGUAAACAGGCUCCGCUUAGCCUCAAUGCGAAUAUGCAGAAUAUUCAGCGAAUACGCAGGACUUGUUUGUUGUAACUGAGCCCGUCCGGAGCAGCCGCGGCUCUCUCUCUCUCUCUCUCCCCGAAAGCAGACGUCGAGGCCCCGGUCUUUUCCUCGGCUCGGUCGACCUGGCGAACAAAAUGCAUCCCGGGGGGAGAUGUACGACGGAAGUCUUUGUUUUUGGACCUAAACUCGCCACCCACGGCGAUCUGCGGGCUAUCAACAGAUACCUGGUGGUCUAUGUGUUGUUUUACUUCGUGCUGGCCACACACACCUCUCCGGCCAAACCGUGCGACAAGAACUGUCUCUCCGGAAAAUGUAUCAACGGAUCCUGCAUCUGUGACCGAGGAUGGGUCGGAGACCAGUGCCAGCACUGCCAAGGGAGGUUCAAGUUGACGGAGCCCUCAGGAUACCUCACCGAUGGUCCAAUCAACUACAAGUACAAAACAAAGUGCACCUGGCUCAUUGAGGGCUAUCCAAAUGCAGUUCUUCGGUUAAGAUUUAACCACUUUGCCACAGAAUGUAGUUGGGACCACAUGUACGUAUAUGACGGAGACUCGAUAUAUGCCCCCCUGGUUGCUGUGUUCAGCGGCCUCAUCGUGCCGGAGAUCAGAGGAAACGAGACGGUUCCUGAGGUGGAGACGACUUCAGGCUACGCACUACUACACUUUUUCAGCGAUGCUGCCUACAACCUCACAGGCUUUGAGAUAUUUUAUUCGAUCAACUCGUGCCCCAAUAACUGCUCUGGCCACGGGAAGUGCACCCCUGGUAACUCGGCCGCCAGCAGAGUGUACUGUGAAUGUGACAAGUACUGGAAAGGCGAGGCCUGUGACAUCCCUUACUGCAGGAACAACUGCGGCAGCCCCGACCACGGCUACUGCGACCUCACCGGGGAGAAGUUGUGCGUCUGCAAUGAAAGCUGGCAAGGUCCAGACUGCUCGCUCACUGUACCUUCAACCGAGUCCUUCUGGGUGCUACCAAGCGUCAAGCCCUUUGGCACGUCACUCGCCAGAGCUUCCCAGAAGGCCGUGGUUCAAGAAAAGGUCAUGUGGGUGGUGGGUGGAUACACCUUCAACUACAGCUCCUUCCAGAUGAUUCUCAACUACAACCUAGAGAGUGGCAUCUGGAACACAGUUCCCAUCAACAGUGGCCCUGUGCCAAGAUACGGCCACUCACUUGCUGCCUACCAGGAUGAUAUCUAUAUGUUUGGUGGGAAACUGGAGGCGGGCUGGGGUAAUGUGACAGACGAGCUGUGGGUGUUCAACAUACCCAGUCGGACGUGGCAGCGGAGAAACCCCGUGGUUGGCCCGCCGGCCCAGGCUCAGAUUUACGCUGUGGAGGGUCAUUUAGCCCACUGCGUUCCACUAGAGGAGGGCGAGGCCAUUAUGCUGGUCAUCUUUGGCUACUCUCCCAUCUACAGCUAUGUCAGCAACGUCCAGGAGUACAACCUGAGGUCCAACACGUGGCUGGUGCCCGAGACUACAGGCGCCGUUCCCCAGGGAGGUUACGGCCACAGCAGCACGUAUGACAGUGCCAGUGGUAGUGUGUAUGUUCAUGGAGGCUAUAAGGCGCUGCCUGCCAACAAAUAUGGCCUUGUUGAUGACCUCUACCGCUACGACGUUAACACACGGACAUGGUUCAUUCUGAGAGAGAGCGGCUUUCCACGGUACAUGCACUCAGCUGUGCUCCUGAGCGGCACCCUGCUCGUCUUUGGCGGCAACACGCACAACGACACAUCCCUCAGCAAUGGCGCCAAGUGUUUCUCCGCUGACUUCCUUGCCUACGACAUUGCUUGUGAUGAGUGGAGGGUCCUGCCGAAACCAGACCUGCACAGAGAUGUCAACCGCUUUGGUCACUCUGCUGUGGUCAGCAAUGGGUCCAUGUAUGUGUUUGGGGGCUUCUCCGGAGUGCUGCUCAACGAUGUGCUUGUUUACCGACCCCCCAGCUGCCAGGCCUUCUUGGCAGAGGAGGGGUGUGUAAAGGCUGGGCCAGGGGUCCGCUGCAUCUGGAGCAGAGGCCGCUGUCUCCCCUGGGAACCCAGCAUGGCGAACGGGAGCCUCAUUCCUGCCCCAUUCUGCCCCCCUAAAGCUGUCACAGUGGACGAGCGUUGCUACCGGUUCUCAGACUGCGCCAGCUGUACAGCCAACACCAACGGGUGCCAGUGGUGUGAUGACAAGAAGUGCAUCUCCGCCUCCAGCAACUGCACCUCAAACGUGAGCAACUUCACCGAGUGUCCAGUGCGGAACGAGCAGGUGUGCAGCAAGCUCGCCAACUGCAAGAGCUGCUCGCUGAAUCUCUACUGUCAGUGGGAUCAGAAUCAGUCAGAGUGCCACGCUUUGCCAGCCCAGCAGUGCAGUGAGGGAUGGAGCCAGGUGGGGGAAGCCUGCCUGAGGAUCAACUCCAGCCGCGAGAGUUAUGACAACGCCCAACACUACUGCAAAAACCUCAAUGGAAACAUCGCUUCACUCACCACCUCCAAACAGGUGGACUUUGUGAUCGAGGAACUGGAGAAGCUCCAGCGACAAGACACGCGGCUGUCUCCCUGGGUGGGCCUGAGAAAAAUCAACGUGUCGUACUGGGGUUGGGAGGACAUGUCUCCCUUCACCAACAGCAGCCUGCGCUGGCUACCUGGCGAGCCCAGCGACUCUGGUUUCUGUGCCUACCUGGAGGAGCCUCAGGUGUCAGGCCUGAGGGCCAAUCCAUGCACCGCCACUGCCCACGGCCUCAUCUGUGAAAAAGCUACCGGAAACCCCAAUCAGAGUACCCGUCCUGCCUGUAAGAAGCCUUGCUCGCUGCACACCAAUUGUGCCAACUGUACCAGCCAGGCCAUGGAGUGUAUGUGGUGUGGCAGUACGCAGCGCUGCGUCGACUCAACCGCCUAUGUCAUCUCUUUUCCCUAUGGCCAGUGCCUGGAGUGGCAGACUGGAGAUUGCGUGGCCCAGAACUGUUCAGGCCUGCGGACAUGUACCCAAUGCUUGGAGCAGCCAGAGUGCGGCUGGUGUGGAGACCCCAGCAACACAGGGAAGGGCCUCUGCACUGAGGGGUCUUACCGAGGGCCAAUGAAGAGACUGGCGAAGCAGGGCCAGCAGAUACAGUCCGGGGACAUGAUCCUGGAGCCGGGCAUCUGCCCCAAAGACAAGGGCUACGAGUGGGCCUUCAUUCACUGCCCUGCGUGCCAGUGUAAUGGCCACAGCACGUGUGUGAACGGCAGCGUGUGCGAACAGUGCCGUAACCUCACCACCGGUCCUCACUGCCAGACCUGCAUGCCUGGUUACCAUGGAGACCCGACCAAUGGCGGCAAAUGCCAGGCCUGUAAGUGUAAUGGUCAUGCAAGUGUGUGCCAGGUGUUAACUGGCAAGUGCUUCUGCACCACCAAGGGGAUCAAAGGAGACCAGUGCCAGCUAUGUGACUCAGAAAACCGUUACCUUGGCAAUCCACUCAGAGGAACCUGUUACUACAAUCUCCUGAUCGACUACCAAUUCACCUUCAGUCUCAUCCAAGAAGAUGAUAAUCACUACACUGCCAUCAACUUCAUGGCCUCACCUGAGCAGGCGAACAAGAACUUGGAUAUGUCCAUUAAUGCAUCCAACAACUUCAACCUCAACAUCACCUGGUCGGUGGGAUCAACAGCUGGAACCAUUUCUGGAGAGGAGGUGCCCAUCGUGUCCAAAACUAACAUCAAGGAAUACAGAGACAGUUUCUCCUGUGAGAAGUUCACCUUCAGGAGCAACCCAAAUAUUACCUUUUACGUCUACGUCAGUAACUUCUCAUGGCCCAUCAAGAUCCAGAUUGCCUUUUCCCAACACAACAGUAUCAUGGACCUGGUCCAGUUCUUUGUGACAUUUUUCAGUUGUUUUCUGUCACUCCUCCUGGUGGCUGCAGUGGUGUGGAAGAUCAAACAGACCUGCUGGGCAUCAAGGCGGAGAGAACAACUGAUGAGAGAGCGCCAGCAGAUGGCCAGUCGUCCAUUUGCCUCAGUUGCGGUUGCACUGGACACCAGAGGAGAAGAAACGGAGCUGCUGCAGCCUGCGGUUGAGGGUGCACCUAAACCGGUUGCGAUGGAGCCGUGUUCAGGAGGUAAAGCGGCCGUGUUGACUGUCCUCAUGCGUCUGCCCUCCGGACUCUCAGACUUACCUCCGCCGGGACAGUCAGGACUCAUCGUUGCGAGUGCGCUGAUAGACAUUUCACAGCAGAAACCAUCCGAUUUUAAGGAAAAGUGCCAGGGUUUGAAGAACCGAAAAGCCCUUUUUCCAGCACACCAAGGCACCUGCGUCUGAGACUCAACCCGUCAAUCCGUUUGGCUCCUUUUUUAUAUCACCUGAGGCCAUAAUGCUCCAAUAUGCAGCAGGUCCCAGUUGGAGGCCUUUCCAGAGACAAGACAUGGCGACUACGUGUAGAGGAUCACAUUUGGCUGCUACCACUUUUCACUGAAAGCGAACACAACCCUGCUUACCUUCUCCAUAAAUCCACUUCUGGUCACAUGGACACUUCUCCUCCACACACUCUCUCUUCCCGUCAGCGCGGGUAUUCAUCAUGGCAAACCUCGUCUGCGCUUGGAAGCAACCUGCCUGAUAAGUGACAUCAGAGACAGAUUAAUUAGGAGCAUCGGCACCGAUUGAAGCUUCAGUAGUGAACAUUUUGUGACACCUCAUCGUCCAUUUGCUCAGCACGAGGGAAAAGGCAAAGGUGUCUGCGCAUUAGGUUAGAUCAAAGUUUAACUGAUUUCCCUCGCAGCGUGUUGGAAAUACAAGAGAGGAUUUAAAAAUAUAUAUGUCUGGUAGAUAUCCAGCACAUGCUGCCUAUGGUUUUUUUUCUUUUUGCUUGCCAACAAGUGAUAUUCUAUGGUGCUAAAGCCUUUAGUUCUGAUGCGAAGCCUUUGCUGUAUGGACUGAAAUCGUUCUGCCUUUUAGUGGGGGAAGCUAUGCGCUGGGCCAGAACUCUUUUGUAACACCCCAUGACCACAUGAUCGUCUCUUGACAACGCGCGUAUUUUGCCAAUUACCGUUAAUGAUCUGUUUGAGCAUUUACUGUACAUACAUGUCAUAUCCACUCAGCUGAAGCUAAAGUCUGUAUUUUCUGUGGAUUCACAUACAAAUGCUGCAGAGGCACUGCAAUCACUACGAGCGGUUGUGUGGGGGAAGAAUGCGAACCGCAGGAGGCACGAACAAACAAAUCAUUAGUCAACAACCUAAAGCAUGGAAAAGUCCAAAUUCAUAGAUGCAUUUAUUAACAAACUGGAAGUAACAAAACAGCUCAGUUCUGGUGGAUUCUUUACUGUGGGUUUGUGAUCGUGUCAUUUUGCUGUGCAACUUGGACAUUUAGUUUUUCAACACGCUCUUUGGAUCUGUGUGUGGUGGAAAGACGACUAGCUAAAUAAAAUGACACCAGAGACAUCAUGCUCCUCUGGCUGUUUACUAGUUUGUUUUGUACGCUUUUUUUUUUUUUUUUUUUUUAAAGAGCCCUCUGACGCUAUGGCUUUGUUUUCAUCUUUGAGUACGAGGAGUUACGUUACCUUUUUUAAUGCCUUGGCUUUCCAUGGAAAGACAGGACGUGUUGAUAUGCAGAAUUUUAAAAAGCUGUCGACCAUUUUUAGCCCCCGACCUCCACCCUGAGCUGUACAGUGUCUGGUUGGAACAAAUGUGAGUCUUUGUCACUCUUAUCUCUCGAGAUUUCAUGUAUUUGUCAGGUUUUUAUGACUGAAUGGCAAGAGAUUAUCAUUUAUUUUAGGCCUUGUCACCUGUCGCUAUUAUAUCUAUGAAAAACUGUAAGUCUUUUGUUACACUUGUGAAAAGAGCAUUUCUGUUAAUAUUUUUUGUUUUGAUAUUUAUCAGAUUCCUGUGUAAUAGCAUUUAACUUGAUUUUAUUGUUGACCUAAAUCAGUGGUUUUAAUGUCAACACCUUUUGAAUUGUGCAUCUUUGCGGACUAUAUGGCCAUUGUCUUGCUUUUCGUUGCAAAGUGAUCGUUAUGAUGCAUUUCAUAUGGAUAGUAUGCCAGCUAACGUGUUAUUAUUUAGUUUUUGUAGAGUAAUCCUAUAACGGUGUCAUUACACAGGAAUCAGGGUCUCACUGUACCGUGAAAAAAAGAUAAUAAACUGCAUAUCAGUAAUCUUCAGUGUAUUUUAAAAGGUGGACAACUUGCCAGAAAAUAAAAUAAAAAAGACCUGAAAAUC